AUGAAAACUAACUUUGGAAGUUUGAGCCCUGUGAAGGUAGGUCAGCCUGUUAAAAGCUUACCUGUGGUUGCAAAACACUGUUCUGUGUGUUCUUUCCGCAGCGUUUGGCCACCUGUGGAAGUUCGUGAGGAGAUUCCACCAAAAAAGCCAAAAUCAGACUACACCAUCUCUGAGCAUAAAGAGAAAGUUGAAGAAGUUUCUCCUGUGGUGAAGUUGCCAGCCAAGGCAACAAGUGAAUGCCAGAAGGCUUCAGUCAGCCAUGCCGCUCCAAUUACAGAGGCUGCAGAAGAGACUCAGUCCACUUCUUCUGACCCUUCAUCUAAAAGACCAACAGGUUCUGCACUAGAAGUAGAAAUGCUACGAGUUGAUAAAAUGCCUUGUGGAACCAAUACUUGCUUGAAUAAGGAAACACUGUCCCUCUCUCCUAAGACAGUUCCAUGUCUGAGGUAAAACAGAAAUGACAACCACCACAUCAAACCUGCUCCAGACGGCAUCUUAACACUGAGGCCACCCCUUAAAGAGUGCACUGUGCCAGAAUCCAUGACUUCAGGAGUCGGCAAAACGAGGAGGUUUUUCUGUGCUGCUGAAGAGGAUGUUCAGCGCAGAGAAAAGGAGAAAUACAAACAGCUCUUGGAACUAGUAAAGGAAAAAUAUCCUAAAAGCUGCCGUAGUCCACAGCCGACAAGCUACCACAAUGUUCAAGCCUUCUCCAAGGAACCAGCAACGACUGAGAGUCACUUGGAAGAACAAAAAUACGGAGAUGUCUAUCCAUGUGUGACACUAAGGACCGAUAUCAAAUGUGCGGAUGUUCACAGCCCACAAUGGUCUCGGAGAAGUGAUGUGGCCAGGUACUGCACACCAGCAGAAAACUCUCAUGAACAGGGAAGACCAGUGAAACAAGCCAUUGCAGGGAGACAGUAUGGAGCUGAAACUGCAGAAGAGAUGUUAUUCCAAUUACGUCUGGGAGCUGUUCUGUCCAGAAAGUCGUCUGCCCUUGGUGUGGAAGAAAAGAAAUUCCCAAGCUCAGAAAAAACAGUAGAACACUUUUCUCCACUCACAGAGGCCAUGGAGAGAGAGGUCAUUGCCGCACUUGGCAAAGGUGAGCCAGAUGAGAUCAUGAGCAGUGCCUUCAAACUGAAGAUUACUCGUCAGGACAUCAACACUCUAAGGAACCUUCGCUGGCUAAAUGAUGAGGUCAUUAACUUCUACAUGAAUCUUCUGGUGGAAAGAAAUAAGAAGGAAGGAUAUCCAUCAGUCCAUGCUUUUAGUACUUUUUUUUAUCCCAAACUAAUUUCUGGGGGCUACAAAGCAGUAAGAAGAUGGACCACCGGCGUGGAUCUCUUCAAGCGGGACCUUAUCUUAGUGCCCAUUCACUUGAGAGUGCACUGGGCACUAGUGGUCAUAGAUGUCAGAAAGAAGACCAUCAAAUACUUUGACUCAACGGCACAAAAAGGGGAAGCGAUUUGUGAAGCUUUGUUCCAAUACUUGCAAGAAGAAAGCCGGGAAAAAAGAAAUCUGGACCUGACUUUUUCAGAGUGGACUCUUCACAGCAUGAAGUCACAUGAAAUCCCUCAGCAAUUGAAUGGAAGCGACUGCGGGGUUUUUAUUUGCAAAUACGCGGAUUAUAUCUCCAGAGACAAGCCGAUAACCUUUACACAGAAUCACAUGCCUUACUUCCGCAGGAGGAUGGUGUGGGAAAUAAUCCAUCAGCAGCUGCUGUGA